ACAGCCACCCAAAUUGCUCUCUCUCUCUCUCUCUCUCGCACAGAAAAAAUCUCAAAAACACCACUACACCAUCGAGAGAUUCUCAGAAGAAACAACCGUUCGUGAGAGAAGAAAGAAGAAGAAAGAUGAAGAGACGCUUUCCUCUCCUCCCACUUCUUCAUCUCUAUAUUAUCCUCAGCCGCUUCUUCCUAAUCUACACCCAGUAAGCAGCCAAUAAAAGUUACUCCAAACCCAUCUCCCAAAAACCUUUUCUUUUUUUUUUUCAGCUACCCCAAACCAUGAACCUAGAGGACUCUUUCAAGUCUCUCUCGCUUGAUUACCUCAACCUCCUCAUCAACGGCCAAGCCUUCAGUGAUGUAACCUUCAGCGUUGAGGGUCGUCUUGUUCAUGCACAUCGGUGCAUCUUGGCAGCCAGGAGCCUCUUCUUUCGCAAGUUCUUCUGCGGGCCUGACCCGCCGGCAGGUCUCGACUCGGUAGGAUCACGAAUGAACUCCGCAUCGUUGGCCACCUCACCCAGAGGAGGGAAUUCUCAGGUGAUCCCUGUGAGUUCCGUUGGUUAUGAGGUGUUCUUGUUGUUGUUGCAGUUCUUAUACAGUGGACAGGUCUCAAUUGUGCCUCAGAAGCAUGAACCAAGGCCUAAUUGUGGGGAGAGGGGUUGCUGGCACACCCAUUGCACCUCAGCCGUUGAUCUUGCUCUUGAUACGCUCGCUGCCGCUCGAUAUUUCGGAGUCGAGCAGCUCGCAUUGCUCACUCAGAAGCAAUUGGCAAGCAUGGUAGAGAAGGCAUCAAUAGAGGACGUAAUGAAAGUUCUAAUAGCUUCAAGAAAACAAGACAUGCACCAGCUCUGGACUACUUGUUCCCACCUCGUUGCAAAAUCUGGUCUUCCACCUGAAGUACUUGCCAAGCACCUACCAAUUGAUGUUGUAGCCAAGAUUGAAGAGCUCCGCCUCAAAUCUUCCUUCCAUCGCCGCUCUCUCAUUCCUCACCACCAUCACCACCACCACCACGACCUUGGAGCUGCAGCCGAUCUCGAAGACCAGAAGAUCCGACGCAUGCGCCGUGCCCUCGACUCAUCCGAUGUCGAGCUAGUCAAGCUCAUGGUCAUGGGGGAAGGUCUGAAUCUUGAUGAAGCCCUCGCCUUGCACUACGCAGUGGAGAAUUGUAGCCGUGAGGUUGUCAAAGCCUUGUUAGAGCUUGGUGCGGCUGAUGUCAACUACCCAGCUGGCCCAGCCGGAAAGACUCCUCUUCACGUUGCAGCUGAAAUGGUGUGCCCAGAUAUGGUAGCCGUCUUACUCGACCACCAUGCCGAUCCCAAUGUUCGAACAGUGGAUGGGGUGACGCCGCUCGACGUUCUCCGGCAACUCACCUCUGACUUCCUCUUCAAAGGGGCAGUCCCUGGGUUAGCCCACGUAGAGCCCAACAAACUGAGACUCUGUCUGGAGCUUGUUCAAUCGGCGGCUCUCGUACUCUCCCGGGAAGAAGGCAGUGGAAAUCCUCCCUCCUCCACUCCCAUUUAUCCACCGAUGAAUAACGAUCUUAAUAGCAACAACAGCAAUAACAACAUGGUUAGCCUAAGUCUUGAUUCGAGGAUGGUUUAUCUCAAUCUCGGAGCCGCGGCCGCGGGUCAGUUGGGUUGUAGAAUGGACGGGGAAGAUAAUGGACACAGUAACCAGAGAGAAGCCAUGAACCGACAUGGGUCACAAGCUGGCUGUGACCCAUCAAUGUAUCACUCUCAUGACUUCUAGCAAAUUAUAUAAGCAUCCGUGAAUCGGCAAGACAAUCCAAGUCAAUUAAAACUUAUGGAGAUUAUUAGAGAUUACUAUCCUCUCUUUGCCAUUUCUCUCUGUCUCUCCCUCCUCUUAAUCUUUUCUCUCUCUCUCUCUCUCUCUCUCUGCUCUUUUUCUCUUCUCUGUGGCCUGUGGGUGUCUUUCAUUUUUGUAGGGUUUUGGUGAUCAUAUGCAGUGCAGUGCCUCUGGACAUGGAUUUUUCUCGUGGGAGAAGACAACGGGAAUCUAAGUUUGCUCUGAGUAAUGGGAGGAGAUGCAGGUCAAUCUUUUCAACCCGGCCUGUCAACUCCUUUUGUAUUUAUUAUUAUCUAUUAUAUCAUGGGCUAUUUAUUGUGACUUUUUAUU